AUGGCCCAAAGCGCUUGGACCUGGGCGACAAUCGUUGGAGGGCUACUGCUUUACUCAGGGCUUGUGUUGGUUAUCUACCAGAGAUUCGCGGCUGGCCUGGGAUCGGUUCCCGGACCAUUUGCGGCCUCUUUUACUGAUCUCUGGCGCUUGUGCGCUGUCUACGAUGGCAGGUUCGAACUCAUUCUGCAGGCUCUGCAUGAGCGACAUGGGGACUUGGUGCGGAUUGGACCCAAUUGCAUCAGUGUGGGAGAUCCGCGGGAGAUCAGGCAGAUAUAUGGUAUUUCAAGGCUGUUUCCGAAGUCAGAUUUCUAUCGAGUGGCACAGCCUCUCGUCAACGGCAAGCGAGUCGCGUCGCUGUUUAUGAUGACGGACGAAGACCAACACAAGACCGCAAAGAGACCCAUUGCUCAUGCCUACGCUAUGACGAGCUUACUCGGCUACGAACCCUUCGUGGAUAGCACCUCACGGGUACUGGUAGAGCAACUGUCGAAGCAAUAUGCCAACACCGGCAGAGUCUGCGAUUUCGGCGAGUGGCUUCACUGGUAUGCCUUCGACGUCAUUGGCGAAAUGACCUUCAGCAACCGGUUCGGGUUCCUCGAGCAAGGCAAAGAUGUUGGCGACAUCAUUAAGACGCUGACCAAGUCUGGGGCAUACACCGCUAUUGUGGGUCAAAUGCCCUGGCUGGAUCUGUGGCUGGGAAAGAACAGGCUCUGGGGCGAGGCGCUUGAGAAGGACAAGUUGGAGGUUUCGAGAUUUGUCCUGAAUUUUCUGAAGCCUCGCAUUGAAGAAGCGGAUAGGCUUCGUCUGCAGGGCAGUGAGAAAGCGCCACUCGAUUUCAAGGAUCGAACAGACUUCACGGCCAAGUUCAUCUCGGCUUUCGACAAGUACCAUGGGUCGAUCCCGCAACCACAGUUGCUGGGAUGGUCGCUGAGCAACAUCAACGCGGGUUCGGACACCACUGCAAUCACGCUGCGUGCCAUUUUCCACUUCCUCCUCCUCAACCCGUCCACAAUGACAAAAUUAAAGACUGAACUCGAGGACGCUAAUCUCUCGGCCCUCCCCCGAUGGCACGAAACAAGCCACCUACCUUACCUAGGCGCCGUCGUCAAGGAAGCGCUCCGCCUGCACACGCCCGUCGGCCUGCUUCUCGAACGCAUUGUUCCACAAGGCGGCGCAACGUUGUGCGGCCGCUUCUUCCCCGAAGGCACCGUCGUGGGCUGCAACCCAGCCGUCAUCCACAAGGCCAAACGAGUCUACGGACGGCGGUACUCGGUCGAGGAAUUUCACCCGGAGCGGUGGCUGGAGGCGGAUGAAGAGGAGAAAGGCGAGAUGGAACGAUGUUUCAUGGCCUUCGGAAGCGGCAAAAGGACGUGCAUCGGGAAGAAUAUAAGUCUCCUGGAGGUCCACAAAUUAGUGCCACUGCUGCUGAAGAGAUUCAAGGUGAGUUUGAUCGUGCAAUGA